GAACGUUGGUUGCUUAGAUGACCUUUCCAAAGCCUGCCUUUUCUGAAAGGGUGGAGGAGACACAGACAGAACUCCUGGAGACACUGGACAAAGAGGGAAGGAUCCUGGAAGGCCGGCAUGAAGAGGCUGGGCAGGCCCUGCAGACGUCAAGUGCACGGGAGAAAGACUCUUCUAGUGUCUCUGUCCAAGAAGUCAAAGCCUCAUUGCAGAACUCCUGUGCAAUGCUGGCCUCAUCACAGGAGGCCAUCCAAGCCCAGAUGAACAAGGUGGAAGGGUCCAUCCUUAGCCAGCUCUAUAAGAACCACAUCCAGGACUAUGGGAGCCCCGGGCCGUUCUGGGAGCAAGAGCUUGAGAGUUUGCACCAUGUUAUUGAGAUGAAGAAUGAGCGAAUCCAUGAGCUGGAGAAGCAGCUCCUCCUGCUAGAGAUGCUGAAAGAAAAAAAUCUAAUAUUAGCCCUGAAAAACACCACCCUGCGGCAGGAGGUUGAGGACCUUCAGUUCCAAGCUGGGAGCAGGCUGACCGUGUCAAGGAAGUCCAGUUUCUCAACAAGAGAAAGAGGAAACAGGAAACAGUCCACCUGAGCAGGCAUGCGUGGAAUGACUCGGUCCUGAAGCUUUGCAGUUCCAGAAAGAUCUACUUCAGGACCUGGAGAAGGAGUCGCAAAAUGGCCAUUGCUGCAGCAGACGGAGGAGCCACUGAACCGACUGAGUCCUUGGGGCCUGUGCCUCCUCCAUCUUACCCUGCCCUCUGCGGCACCUCAGAGGCCUCUGUCCUCAUCAUAUAGACACAGGCCCUGGACCCACCGUGGCUCCCAGAUUCACCACUCCCUCCAAGGUCUGUGGAGAAGAGGGCAAGACUCCAUUCUUCUCCCAGGGCGAACUAGGUGGGCAGGAGGAGAUGUGUAUAGGUAGCAACAGUGGUGGCGGAGGUUGGGCCACCAGCAUCACCCAAGAAGUGCCUUCCUUUAGUUGGCCCAGAGAACAAGCAAGCACAGUUACAGCCCCCACCCGGUCCCGUAUGACGGCAUCCAAGACUCCUCCCAUGGCAGCUGGCGCCACUUUGACCAUCUGACAAAGGGGACAGUCCCCACUCCCCGAUUAUCAGCUUUACAGGCAACUCACGGACCCAUCCAAGUUCUUCUAACCACACCCGUAAUUCUCACUCGGAGAAAAACUGUGAAAGACACCAUCCGAGGAAAAGGAAUACAGUAUUGUUUUUGUUGAGAUGGGGUCUCGCCACAUAGCCUAACUUUGAACUCAAAACCGCCACGCCUCAGCCUCAUGCGCGCUGGGAACACACGGGGCAUGCGCCGCCACACCCAGCAGGAUGAAGAGCUGAAUUUGCUGCCGUGCUCAGCACUGUGAAUGAUUUUAAGCG